AUGUUUGGGUACCUCCUGCUGUUCGUCAUCGCCGUGGUGUCGGCGGUGGCGGUCUACGCCUCCCGUGCGUCUGGCGGUUCGGCCGCCUGGCGCUACACCUUCCUCUACCGGUGGUCGUGGCUCCGCGCCCGCUGGGGCCAGUGGCGCGCGGCCGGCAGCGUGCCGCACCGCAUCGCCAGCGCGCUGGCCGCCUCGUCGCCUACCACCCCGUUGCCGCCGCCCGCCGAGCUCAUCGCCUGGGCCGAGAGUUUCCUAGGCACCGAGGGCAAGCUCCGGCACGUCGAGGUCUCGGGCGACGGCCUGGGCGGCGGCUUCAUGGGCGCCAUGUUCAAGCUCCUCCUCACCUGGGACGAAGACAGUGCCGACAAUGUCGACAACAUCGACCGCCCGCGCUCGCUGGUGGUCAAGACCCUGACGCCGGUCUUCGCGCGGCGCCUGUCGUCGAUCCUGCUGGGCAACGCGCGCGAGGCCUACUUCUACCGCAACUUCGCCUCCAACCUGGCCACCCUCGGGUCGGCCACCGAGCGCCAGGAGGUGCGGUCGGUGGUGCCGCGGGUGUACCACGCCGACGGCUCGUGGGCCACGGGCGACUUCGUGGUGGUGAUGGAGGACCUGUCGACCACCGGCGCGCGGCUGGGCAGCCAUGUGCUGGGCAACCAGUGCUGGGGUCCGGUCAAGGGCGGCUUCCCGGCCGAGCUCCAGACCGAAUCGGUGGGCCUGCAGAUGAUCGAGCAGGUGUUCGCCGCGAUGGCCGACGUCCACGCCGCGUUCUGGCGCGACGAGUCGCUGCUCGGGCACUCGUGGCUCAAGGCCGCCGAGUGGCUUCAGGGCCGGGAGCGCGCCCGGUGGGAGCUGGCCAUGGACGGCAUGCGCAGCAAGUGGCUCGGGAUCAAGCGCACGAUCGAGCAGGGCAAGACGGGCGUCAAGUGGAGUGACGAGGUGGUGCGUGCCAUGGACGACUCGCUGGCCGCCACCAGCUGGGAGACCUACCAGCGCAGCUUCGAUGUCACCAAGCCCACCACGCCCUUCACCCUGUGCCACGGCGACUUUCACGCGGCCAACAUUCUCUGGGUGCCCGGGCGCGAGCGCACCGCCGACGACGGCGAAGGCGACGGCGCGCGCAUCGGGUCCAAGGUGUACAUGGUGGACUGGCCCGAGGUGGGCAUCGCCUGCCCGUUCACCGAGCUGGCCCAGUUCAUGAUCAGCAACGCCUCGCCCGAGCUCCGCCGCAAGCACGAGCGACGCCUGUUCGCCGACUACCACGCCCGGCUGGUCGCCAAGGGCGUGUGCGGUCGCACCUUUCCGCUGGAGGCCUGCUGGGAGCGCUACCAGCGCGGCGGCAUCGAGCGCUGGCUGCAGAUGCUCACCCUGAUGACCCUGUUCGGCCUGCCCGACGCCUGCGUCGGGUGGUUCCACGAUCAGGUCGCCGCCUUCGUCCACGAUCAUCACGCAGACGCUUCGGCGGGCCUGAAGGGCCGAUCGAUUCCCCUCAUGAGCGCCUACGCCCUCGUCAAUUUGUAG